AUGGCUUCCUCGGGUCAACAGCUUCGGGCAGCUGGUUUAGUCAUUUAUCGUUAUUUACAAACCAAAGGCUAUCCAGAAUACCUUAUCCUGCAGACAUCGUAUGGUUCACAUCACUGGACACCACCAAAAGGACAUGUAGAUCCCGGAGAGUCAGAUCUUCAAACAGCACUCCGAGAAACAGAAGAAGAAGCUGGUUACAAAGAGCAAGAUUUAAACUUGAGUUCCAUCAAGAAAACCUUGCAUUACGAUGUUCGUGGAGUUCCAAAGACUGUGGUUUACUGGCUAGCAGAACUUAAGGAGUAUAAUAACCCAGUUCGGCUAUCGCAGGAACAUCAGGACUUUAAGUGGUUGGGUUUUGGAGAAGCCCGUGAUUUUCUUCAUAGUAACAUGAUAGAUGUUCUGCGAGAUAUCGAUAGAGGCUUACGUGAUCAUCUGAAUACGAGACAUAAAUAGAUGAUUUACGAUAUGUAUGGUAAUGAAUGGUUUUUGGGCUAUUGAAAAUAGGUACUAAUGCUUAAAGAAGGCAUUCUUUUUGUGUAAUAUAUAACCAUGUGUUUAAUAUGUGGGCCGGUAUUGGAUGUGUUGACAAGAACGCCAAAAUAUGGGACAUUUUUUAAUAGUCAUUCCUUUUUCUUUUUCUUUUCUUCGCUCUUAUUUUACGAGUGAAAUGAAAUACAAGCAUCUAUCUUAAAUAAAUAUUAAAUACUGUUCAGGC